CCUUGCUAGGGAAAAGAGAGAAGGAUGAGAUCCCAACAGAUCCUCUACAACGGACAGGCUGUCUUUUUGGAGGCGUUAGAAAUGACGUGCAGCGGCGCUACCCCCACUACCUCAGUGACAUCAAAGAUGCUGUGAAUGUCCAGUGCUUAAAAACUUUGUUUUUUAUUUUCUUCACCUGCCUUUCACCCUGCAUCGCCUUCGGAGGCCUGUUGAGUGAGAAGACGGACAGUUUUAUGGGAGUGAGUGAGACCAUGGUAGCCACCUCUGUGUUUGGCAUGAUGUUCAGCUUAUUUUCUGGCCAGCCCUUGCUUAUCCUGGGAGCCACGGGUCCUGUCUUGGUGUUUGAGGAGAGUUUGUACAAGUUUUGUUUGUCCAAUAACUUUGAGUUUUUGCCAGUCCGAUUUUGGGUUGGACUGUGGGUAUGUGCAAUCACAAGUGCGGCUGUGGCGCUGGAAGGUAGCUUUCUUGUACGUUACAUCACACGCUUCACAGAGGAGAUCUUUGCCAUUCUGAUCUCGCUGAUUUUCAUCUAUGAGGUGGUGAAGAAGCUAAUGCAGAUAUUUUCUGACCACCCGUUGAUGGAAGACUACUGUUUAGUGAGCGACGACAAUCACACAUACAAUGAUUCCACGUCUUUCAGCUUCACAAAUUGGUCAGUGAAUUAUGGAGUGAACAAUAAUUCUGAAUGGCAAACUCCAGUGUCUAAGGGAGAAGAUGAAGUUCUGAACCAGCCCAACACUGCCCUGCUUUCACUGAUUUUAGUCUUUGGUACAUUUUUGAUAGCCUACUUUCUCAGGGUCUUCAGGAACAGCAAGUUUCUAGGCAGAAGUGUACGACGUGCCCUGGGAGACUUUGGUGUGCUGAUUUCUUUGCUUUCAAUGGUUCUUCUCAGUAUUAUUAUGAAUAAGACAUAUGUACAGAAAUUAGACAUUACAGACUCACUGACCCCAACUUCUCGUAAGCGUGGCUGGUUCAUUAACCCAAUGGGCAUUGAGAAGACAAUCCCAUUGUGGCUGACUUUUGCUGCUGCGCUGCCAGGAUUCCUCAUUUUCAUACUGCUGUUUAUGGAGACACAAAUUACAGAGAUGAUCCUCAACAAAAAAGAACGGAAAUUGAAAAAGGGCUCAGGAUACCACUUGGACCAGCUAAUCCUGGGAAUCCUGACAUUACUGGGAGGGUUGUUUGGCUUGCCGUGGAUGUGUGCAGCCACAGUGCGUACGGUGGCGCAUGUGAGUGCACUUAGUGAGUACAGUCGAACACAUGCCCCUGGUGAGAAACCUCAGUUGCUGGGAGUCAAGGAGCAGCGGGUCACAAAUUUUGCAGUCCAUCUCCUGAUAGGGCUGUCCAUUGCCAUGGGCCCAGUCCUACGAGCCAUCCCAGUGCCUGCCUUGUUUGGUAUUUUCCUGUACCUGGGAGUGUCCACUCUGAGUGGUGUGCAGAUGUGUGAGCGGAUCAAACUGCUGCUGAUGCCCGUGAAAUACCAUCCGUCUGUCAGCUACGUCCGGAAAGUUCGCACAAUGCAGAUGCAUAAGUUCACUCUCAUACAGCUGACCUGCCUGUUGUUCCUCAUUGUGAUCAAAUCUACAGAUGCUUCCCUUGCAUUCCCAUUCAUGCUGAUUCUGUUGGUGCCGUUUCGGUUGAAAAUUAUGCCAAAAUUUUUUGAUAGCGCUGACCUUGCCCAG